CUGCGUGCAGAGUAUGAUUUACCUCGCCGUUGGCUUUUUAAUUCAUCUCCCAAAGCUCACUACUGAAAAGGACACCCAGAAUUGCUGAGGAAAAAGAUUGAAGAAUAAAAUGAUGCUCUCAUUUUUUCCCCUCAAAAAAUUAAGACGAAAUUUCAAGUAUCUUCUUUUUGGAGUGGUAUUAAUAAUUGGAGUUUUUGCUGCCUAUCUGGAAUUGGUUGCUCCGGCAAAUACGUGGAACGACGGUUUCCCUCCAGAGUUUGGCGGCUGGGCUGAGACUCCCUCGAACGUUAAAGCAACAGUAAAUGAGUCUCUCGGCAGUGAGGAGGACAGAUGGUGGCAGUCCCAGUUCACUCCGCAGCCCUGGAGACCAGAGAAUAAAGGGAAAGCUAAUUUGCACAUUUUUGAAGAUUGGUGUGGCAGUUCCACUCAGCAACUUCGGAAAAACCUACACUUUCCUCUGUACCCGCAUACGAGGACGACGGUGAAAAAGCUCGCCGUUUCACCCAGAUGGACGAACUACGGGCUGAGGGUGUUCGGCUACCUGCACCCCGACGUGAAUGGGGAGUACCUGUUCGCUGUGGCCUCUGACGACAACUCAGAGUUCUGGCUAAGUGCGGACGACAGCCCCCGGAACCUCAGCCUGCUGGCUCUGGUGGGGAAGACCGGCUCGGAAUGGGCGGCGCCAGGAGAGUUUGGGAAGUACGCCAGUCAGACCUCUCAGCCAAUCCAGCUAAUGGCAAGCAAGCAAUAUUACUUCGAAAUCCUCCACAAGCAGAACGACAAAGGCACGGACCACGUAGAAGUUGUGUGGCAACUCCCAGACAGUGGGAAGUUCACGGUCAUCAACUCCCAAUACAUUUCUCUCUACACCGAUGAGUCGGCUCUGCUGAUGAGCGAGGUCUCCCACAUCCCUCAGUCGGCUGCCAGUCACACGGGCCCCCCCCGGGGCAGCGGGGGGUCCCCAACAUCAGGGGACCCCAGCCUGGGGCCAGACAUGUUAAGGGAGGACCCGCGGGACUCUCUGUACAAGAUUCCGCUGGUGGACGAGGGGCACUUGCGCCACGUCCUCCCCAAGUGCACCUACUCGCCCACCUACAUCAUAAAGGGCUUCCCCCUGCUGCGAUACCAAGGCCUGCAGUUUGUCCAUAUGUCCUACGUCUACCCGAACGACUACACCCGGCUGACCCACAUGGAGUCUGAGAACAGAUGCUUUUACCAAGAUAGUCCAUACGUGCUGGACAGGUUCGCCUUUCUUAGAUACAUGAAGAUGGACCCCCCGGAAAACGGAGGUCUUGAAGAAAACAAGCAAGACCCUGGCUCACGGAAGAUAAUCUCUAUGAAUAAGGUCUUAGAGUUUGAGAAUCCAGAGGCAAAGGACCCCAGAGGAGGGCUGAGUGAAGAGAAGACCAAGGACCAGGAGAGGGCCCAGAACCUGGACCAGGAGAGGGCCCAGGACCAGGGCCAGGAGAGGGCCCUUGACCAGGACCAGGAGAGGGCCCAGAACCUGGACCAGGAGAGAGCCCAGAACCUGGACCAGGAGAGAGCCCAGAACCAGGAGAGGGACCAGAACCAGGAGAGAGCCCUUGACCUGGACCAGGAGAGAGCCCAGAACCAGGACCAGGAGAGAGCCCAGAACCUGGACCAGGAGAGGCCCCAGGACCAGGACCAGGAGAGAGCCCAGAACCUGGACCAGGAGAGAGCCCAGAACCAGGACCAGGAGAGGCCCCAGGACCAGGACCAGGAGAGAGCCCAGAACCUGGACCAGGAGAGGGCGCAGAACCAGGAGAGGGCCCAGGACCAGGAGAGGGCCCAGGACCAGGAGAGGGCGCAGGAUGCCUUCAGAUUGAGGAGGAAGCUGUUGUCCAAGCCGCUCUCCAACAGGAAGAGGAGGGGCAAAGCCGGACUGCACAAGCCACCGGUGGGCCGCUCUGAGAUGGAGCAAGGGGCGGAGCUGUUCGCCCAAACACGGAACGUCAGGGUAGUGAGAGGCGGUCGAUACGGGAGGUCCAAACAAUCACAGGCCGACCCCGGCCGUCAAGAGCAGAGCGAUUCGGGGACGCUAUUGGCCAAGAAGGCGACGCGUUUGGGCGCAGUCCAAAUGACUGGCAUCGCCGAGACCACGCCGCCACCCCGCCAACAGGUUAGAUGGACUGCACUACCGCUCCCGGGAAACCAGAUGAACCUGGAAGUCACACUUGCCGAGAGCCAGCCGUGGAAUGGGAAGUGGACAACUGGCCUCCAGGGAAACAAGGAAGGGGACGCGGCGGAGCCGCAGGUGGACAGUCUGUUUAAUGGCGACCCUGCGGCCCCCACGAGCUUGCAGAGGGGAGAGGAGGUGGGGCAGGAAGCCCGGGCAGCCAAUGAGAGGGAAGCGGAGGCUGGCAGGAUGUGGGCGGACUCGGAGGCGGUGGUUGAGCCGCCCGUCUUCGACCCGGCGGUGGACUGGAGGCAGACCUUCGACGUGAUGCCGCUGGACUUCCACGCGCUGCGCUCCGACUGGAUCGACCUGAGGUGCAACAUCUCCGGCAACCUGCUGCUGGACCCCGCCGAGGCCUCGCGCGUGGUGGACGGCCUGGUGCAGAAGCUCCAGCUGAGGAACCCGGGGCGGUUCUCCCUGACGCGGGUGCUGAACGUGGUGAAGCGGGCCGACGGCUCGCGGGGCGACCGGUACCUGGUGGAGCUGGAGCUGCAGGACAAGGAUUUGGGCCCCGUCCGUCUGUCCCGGUACAUCUACGUCCUGAAGCGCAACAACGCCGCCUGGGCCCGGGUCCUGCGGGAGCCCCUGCUCUGCGAGCCCCUGUUCUUCUCCUGGAACCCCCGCGCCACCGUCCACUUCAUCGUCCCCGUGAAAAACCAGGCACGGUGGGUCCAGCAGUUCAUCACGGACAUGGAGGGGCUGUACAGAGACACCGGGGACAGCAACUUCAACAUCAUCAUCACCGACUACAGCAGCACGGACAUGGAUGUGAAGGGGGCGCUGAGGAAUGCUUCUCUGCCAAGCUACCAGUACCUGAAGCUCAGGGGGAACUUUGAACGGUCAGCAGGUCUCCAGGCUGGAGUGGACCUCAUCAAAGACGACCACAGCAUCGUGUUUCUGUGCGACCUGCACAUCCACUUCCCCCCGUUCAUCAUUGACUCCAUACGCAAGCACUGCGUGAGGGGCAAGAUGGCCUUCGCCCCCAUCCUCAUGAGACUGGGCUGUGGAGCCACACCCCGCGAUGCCAGGGGGUUCUGGGAGGUGAAUGGCUUCGGGCUGCUGGCCUUGUAUAAGUCGGAUCUGGAUGCAGCUGGAGGGAUGAACACCAAAGACUUCAGAGACCGCUGGGGCGGGGAGGACUGGGAGCUGCUGGACAGGAUCCUCCAGGCCGGGCUGGAGGUGGAGCGGAUCCACCUGCGCAACUUCAUGCACCACUACCACUCCAAGCGGGGCAUGUGGAACCGGCAGCCAAUGAAGUCCACGUAACCACGGGAACCGAGGAGGCUCUACGGCCCCCAUUGGCUCGGGCACUUUAGUGACCCCGCUGCGACAGUGUUGGGGGCGGGGAGAUGAGAAGGCCACAGAGGGAAGUCAGGUCCCCCUGUCAAUCAUUCUCUGCAGGGCCUCUGCUUAGUUUCGUGGGGCUCCCCCCAUCCGGUCCAAACCUUCUGGAAAGAACUUAAUGCAACGUCAGGCUCGCAUGUUUGAUCUA